ACUAUAUAAAGAAGAGAUCGAGAUGCUACUUCCACUCGCCCACAACACUGCACUAUAAUUUUAAGAGAGAGAGAGAGAUCUAGUUACAGAGAGGAGGAGUAGAAACUAAGAAGUAGAGCAUAUAUGGCGGCGGCGGCGGUGCGGCGGAUGCGGCUGGGGUCGCAGGGGCUGGAGGUGUCGGCGCAGGGGCUGGGUUGCAUGGGCAUGUCGGCGUUCUACGGGCCGCCCAAGCCGGAGGCCGACAUGGUCGCCCUCAUUCGCCACGCCGUCCGCUCCGGCGUCACCUUCCUCGACACCUCCGACGUCUACGGCCCCUUCACCAACGAGAUCCUCCUCGGCAAGGUCCACAUAAAAUAAUAACUCUUCUUCUUCUUCUUCUUUAUCUUUAUCUUUCCCCAUAUCUACUCCAGUUAGUUCCUUCUUGUUUGGGGUUCAAGAAUGGUAGAGGAGGCGAGGCCCCUUUACUAUAGACCAUUUCAAAUUAUUAUAUUUUAUUUUAGGGUAUCUAUCAUAUUUCAAAAAGUUUCGCAUUUACUUUCUGUGACUUAAUUCCUUUUUUACCAAAAAAAUGCUUCUAUGUUAAAUAGGAUGGUAAAAUAAAAUUUUAGUUUAUCACUAUAGAAUAGUAAAAUAAAAAAUGCGCUAAACUACUGGAAGGUAAAAUUGUGCAAACUCGUUGGCUUAAAUGAGCUAGCAUUCUGUCCUACGGCAGGAGGCCAAGUUGGCCGAAUUACGUUCGAUUUAUUUGGGUUGAGUUAUGUUCGAAAUGGUGUAAGGCUGGAUGGGCCGAGCCAUAAACGAGACUCGUGGGCGCUGUAUCUGUACGCUUUAAGUGAAGCUUUUGAGAUUAAUGGUUAGCGCCAACGAUCCGACACAACUUUUGCACCGUAAGAUGGUAAAGUGAAAGUGAGCUAAACCGAGUUCAUGGGAUGACAAAGUAAAAAUUAGCUAAACCACGAGGCAAUGUGAAGUUCACUGUUUGUUUUUUUGUUUUUUCUCUCUCUGUAUAGUCUAGGUAGUUCUUGUUUGGAGUUCAAGAAUGGUAAAAGCAAAAUGCAUGGAGGAGUGGCCCCUCAACUAUAGGCCAUUUCUGAUUUUUUUUUUUUUAUUUUGUUUUAUUUCUGAUAUGAGUUAUUUUAGUCAAUUAACUUGGAGACUAUAUGGAAUUUAUUAUUCCAUCUAGUUUAAUAAAGUGAUUUUAAUUUUUUUUUUUUUUUGAAGUAGAUAAAAUUGAAACAAUUGACGGCUGGUAGCUAGCAUAGCCAUUAAAUUUAACAAAACUUUUAACUUAGCUUACUUGAAAAAAAACUUAAUUAAAAAGAUGGGAAGUUAUUAAGAAGC